ACUUAUCAGUACAAAAUUUUGAUAUUGUUUUCCUCGGUCAAGUUCGUAAGUUUGUAGUAGCAGUACAGCUCCAUGUAAAAGAGUUCUUCCAGGGAAGUAUUGCCACCUUACCUAUUUCUGCCGCCGAGCAGUAAUUUCCCAAACGGCAAUGCCAUAUAAAAGAAUAUGGGAUGCGUCGUGUCCUCAAAUCUACGACGAAUGGGAGUCAGAUGGAGCAAAAUGGGUGAUCCAAGACCUACUUCCCGAAGACGACAAAGUAGCUUUGAACAUGAUGAUGGAACAGCUAUUGCCUGAUUCAGUCAUGAGUCAGCUUAGUGGAGUAACAGAAGAAGAAGAAAGCAGGCGAAACAUGGAAAUAUAUUAUGCACAUCAUUUAUCGAAGCGCAUGAGUCUCGCCUGCUAUCACAUCAAAGAUGGAAAGAAAACUUUGGCUGCUGUCAACUGCUGCUUUGUAAAGUUUGCUGAUGAACAGGAGGUGAUACCUGGUUUGUCAGAUGGAGCAGCGUGGCGUAACGUUCAGGGAACUUUGGGAAUUUUCAACUCGAAGCUAAAUGCUUUCGAAUACUUGGAAACUGAUAAACUGCUGUAUGCUGUUGGUUUAGUGGUAAGGAGAGACUACAGAGGUGCUAGUCUUGGAGCUAGGAUGUUGGCUGCACGAGAGCCUCUGUGUAAAUUACAUGGCAUUCCAUCCACGUCAACCUUGUUCUCCGGAAUUGCGGCACAGAAGUGUGCGACCCGAGCGGGGUUUACCGAAAUCCUGAGCCUUACCUUGAGGGAGCUAGCUGACGCCGGUCUCAAGUAUCCGAGGGAUGACGAUCGAUGUAUGAAGCUAAUGGUCAAGAAGUUCAAUUAAACUUUGUUUAUCAAGAAAUUUCCACAAUUUAUAAGUCGGUUUUAAAGAAGCAGUAGCGCUCCUUGUGAAAGAGUGUGUCCAGGGAAGUAAUACCACUUUACCUACAUAUUUCUGCC